CAUUGUCUGCAUGUAAAUAAGUUGAUCAAGGGUUACACACGACCAGUAAAAUGGAGUAGUUCACGGUAAAGUCUUCGAAGUAACAAUGGUCUCACAUUGAAUCAUGUCUGAAAAGAAAGAGAAAAGGUCGAAGCGGGAGGGGACUCUCAGUAAUGUGUGCAUCCUUAUUGAUGAUAGCUCUACCGAAGUUGAGACCAAGCCGCUCAAGGAAAUAGUCUCUGGCAUCCAACCAAACAGCUAUGAAGAUGAGCUGGUUCAGAAAAAAGCCGAAAUCCAAAGGGACAAACACAGUGACAUGCUCUUGUUCCCAGAAGAUGACGUCAUCGUUUAUGAAAUUCCACGAGAGUUACGAACAGAGUAUUCCACCGUUUCAUCGCAAGCCAGAAAUGAAUCGAACAGUCUCUUUGUUAAAGAGUGUAUCAAAGCCUAUACACAGGAUUGGUUUGUUAUUGAAAGUCAAUACGAACAGUACUCUGGGAGCUAUCACCAGCUGCCAUGCAAACAAGAUGUCAUGAAGAUCUUAAACAGCCAGAUAUUUGAGAUCGACAUCGAAGAAUCAGAAGUUGAUGGGGCUCAGGACUCAAACCUAGUUUCUCAAAGGGAGAAAGGAAUUUUCAAAGAAGGAUACCUGACAAAGGCGCCUUUCCACACCGAGGGCAAUUCCAUGUAUGGAUCCAAAACCUACAAAAGACGUUGGUUUACCCUCAAGCAAGUUUCCAGUGAUGGCUCAUAUCUCCUUGAAUACAAAAAGGACGAAGCAAGCACUAUGGCUAAAGGAACGCUCUACUUGGAUUCAUGCAGCCACAUAACCAAAGGCCUCAAAGGCAGAAUGCAUGGAUUUGAGCUACACAUUCAGGACAAGGUCUACGGGUUGGCGGCAGACAGCAGUGCGGAGAUGAACUCGUGGGUGGCAGCCCUGUGUAAAGCCACAGGUAUAGACAUCGGCCAAGAGAAGGCGCUCAGGUCGUUUUUCGGCGGUAGAAAGGUGCAAGCGAAGCAUUCUAAUUUCAAAGAGAGCCUACGACAAAGUAAUCAUCCGUUGCUACUCGAAUACGCUCAUGAAUCGGAUAACUCAAAUGCGAAACGAAGAAAAGAGAUUCGAAAUAAAUUGUUCCCGAUUUACUCUGAUUUGGGCGGGAAGUUUGACGUUAACGACAACAUUGAAGAAGCAGCGCAUCCUUUCAAAGAUUGCACUACCACACGCUUCAUCGUAAAUUGCCAAAGCCUACAAUUUCGACUGGCAAUUUUACAUGAAGACGGGCGCAGCAUCGAGUGUGAACCGUUCUUUACAACAUGGUGUUUGUUCGAUGUUAGGGAAGGGAGAAAACUUUCCGAGGAUUUUUGCUGUGAUUUGAAUGAUCCAUUUCUGAAAGAGAUGUUGACUCCGAUAGGAGGCUCACCAAAUGAACUGCUGAAGGAAGAUUCCAAAGUCAUGUUCCCUAAACAGGCCAUAUACUCCGUGACGUCACCGCACUCAGAAGUUUACCUUAUCGUGAGGAUAACAAAGAUUUUGCAAGGAGGAAUUAGCCAGUGUGUAGAACCCUAUAUGAAAACGACUGACAACAACAAAGCUGCAUUGAAGAUACAGCGACAUGCAGCUGCUAGUUGUAAGAGACUUGGCAAGUAUAUGAUGCCGUUUGGAUGGGCGAUGAGGCCUCUGUUCAAAAACAGGGAGGGAGAUAUCGAUACCGCUGCUGAAUUCUCUGCAAUAUAUAAGCAGGAGACGACAAAACUCGCCGAUGAGGACUUUAUGAAGCUUAUAACAGACGUCAAAGCGGACAAGACGAAACAGCAAAUUAUCCCAGGCCAAAUUAAGUGUGCUGUUAGUCAACAGAAUGUCAACCAACCAAACUGCUUCACACCAUCACACGUUCCUUUGAAACCGUUCUCUCGAUCCAACGACAUUCCUAGCAGUUUGGAGGUGCAGGAAAUCAUCUCAGACAGACCUGAUGUUGCCAGCCCGUUCACGACAUACCUCAAUCAUUUUUACGUGUAUCCAGUCUCAUUGAAUUACAGCAACCAAAAGACCUUCUCAAAGGCUCGAAACCUGGCCAUAAAAAUAGAAUUUAAAGAAUCCGAUGAACUGAUCGCAAAGCCCUUGAAAAGCAUUUACAACAAGGAUGGUUCCUGCACAAUGACAACGUCUUUAAUAACUCCGAUUCUUUAUCACAACACGACACCUACGUUCUAUGAAGAGGCAAAAAUUCUCCUUCCAACACACAUACACAACAAGCAUCACAUUUUGUUUACAAUUUACCACGUGAGUGUCGAACAACCAAAACAUGAUUCACACAUGAAGAAAAAGCAAGAUGUUGAAACCCCAGCUGGUUAUGCAUGGAUGAAAGUCCUUGAGAACGGCAUCGUUCGAGGUGAUCGGACAGAAUUGGCCGUUGCUUCGUUCUUACCCGAGAACUAUUUGUCAGUCGAAAAGAAUGGAGGUACAGAAAUCAAAUGGGUAGAUGGCAAAGGUUCGCAAGUGUUCAAAAUCAACACAAGGCUGGUUUCGACCGUGUACACACAGGAUCAACACAUCAACAAUUUCUUUGCUCACUGGCAGCUGUCUCACGAUCGCCCUGGAUCAGAAACGGAAACUUCAAGGCUAUUGAAGUUAAUGCAUGCAAUAGAUGUCACUACUGUUGUUCGAUUUUUACCGGUCAUUCUCAAUCAGCUCUUUGACGUAUUGCUUAGUGUCAGGAAUGACGAUGUCUCAGUCAAUGUUAUCCGGACCCUGAUAAGGUUGAUUUCUCAAAUCCACGAGGUUGACAAAGAAUCUUUGCUUAAAUCAUAUGUAAAGUAUUCAUUUAGAUCCAGGGACGACCGGCAGAAAACCAUUCACGAAGAAAUGGCGAAGCAUUUGAGGUUCUAUUUGAAGCCUGGGAGUGAUCCUGCUAUUAUCGACUGUAUUUUGCAGCGUGGAUGGUUCUUUUUCGAUGUUAUUGUUAAGAGUAUGGCUCAGGCCCACCUCAUGAAUGGUGAGCAAAACGGCAACAGACGAAAACAGAUCUUUGACGUCAGAGAGGGAAGGUACUCUGCUGAGUAUCAUACGAGUUUGGAGAACCUUCUUCAACUUUUUGUUGUCCAACUCGUCAAAAAAAGACAAGACAAAUUUCAAGUCUCAAAGGACGCAAAUUCGAGUUUGGCUAGGUUUAUCAAAAAAUGCUUCACUCACAUGGACAGAGGGUUCGUUUUUAACAUGGUGAAUUAUGUAAAAGAACAGUUCAAGUCUCCUGAUCCUCAGAUGUUUGAGCUAAAAUUCGAUUUCCUGCGAGCAAUUUCAGAGCAUGAGCACUAUGUGGCAUUGAACAUGCCACUUGACAUUAGAGCUCUUGGUGGAGUACACGAAAGCACAAUUAAUGACACCUACUGCAAGAAGCACUUUGUUGUCGGCUUAAUAUUGAAAGAGAUUGCAUCAGCCCUGAAUGAAGGAAAAACAGUGCGAGGAUAUGCAAUCAGGCUGAUCAGAAACUUGUUAGCCAAACAUGAGCUAGACGACAGAUAUCAAGUUGGGGAAAAACAAGCAAGAAUCGCUGCACUUUACAUCCCUUUCUUGACGACUAUCCUUGAGCAUGCAUUUCGGUUCCAUAAAAAUCUUGAUCGUCCAUUUAUUGACGAUGGCCUCCUAUCCACACGUCAACACGUUGUCAGCCCCAGUGGAGGCAGAGCUUCACCUGCUCCAUCUAGAAACUCAAUGAUGGGCACGCCCGUCAAUCAAGCUGGAAACUCUUAUGAUUCAGGGGGUAAAAACCACAACUUUUUGCCUUUUGAUGAGGAUGAGAAAAGAGAGCUCCUUCUGUGCAUGAUAUUUUUGCUGAAGAAGUUGAGUCCAGGCAUGGUUGUUGAUUGGUGGCGGGAUAUUCUAACCACAGUUGUGAAAAGAGCCCACUGGACACCUACUGCACUGUAUUAUGUACAUGAUAAAAGCUUCGCCAAAUUUUUAGCAGUCAUUGACUUUUUCGAUGUCAUAGAAUGCUGCCUACAAUCAUUUUCAUAUCAAGGGCGAAAGGCAAUAUCAGAUACAAGCACUUCCCCGGAAAGUACCAAGCACUUUCUUGAAAGUAAAUACCGAACGGUUACAAGUAUCCACCAAGUGAUUUCUCCAGGCCACACAAAAUCUGCCAGCGAAGGAAGAAUUGAAUUGAAUGGCUUGAAAUCUCUAGCUAGAGAAUACUCGGAGAAUGACCACGAGAGGAGGAUUAUGCUCGAUGCAAACUUUGCCAACGAAGUUGCUUUGGUCGUUCUUGACACAGUUGAGCUGUUUUGUGCAAAUUUCAAGUUUCAUCUUGAACAAGAUGCUGGUGAUAACAUUCUUAUGAAAAAGAUUUUCAAUGUACUCAUGGGUUUCCUGAGAACAAACCAAUCAGAGUACGUCCUCAAACACGUGUUCGCGUCAUUGCGAAGUUUUAUUCACAAGUUCCCCAGCGCAUUGUUUAAAGGAAGUGCCAACCUGUGUGGAGUCCUUUGCUACGAAAUUCUCAAGAUGUGCAACUCAAAGAUCGAGACAGUUCGCACCCAGGCCUGCUGCUUCAUGUAUUUGUUGAUGAGGUAUAAUUAUGAAUUCAGUGGCACUGGCUGUGUUCGAGUGCAUUUGCAGGUGAUUGUCGCUGUAUCCAAGCUCAUCGCAUCUGGGAUGAACCGCUCGGCAAUGAAUAGCUCACUCAAUAUCGUCAAGAAUUACGCCGUUGAUGACAAAGGCAUGAAGAGCACAGAAUUUCCUGCUGAAGUCAGAGAUUUGAUAAAGAAAGUGCACACAGUUCUUCAAGCUACAGAAAAAAUGAAGGAACAUGAAGAUGAUAUGGAAGUGCUUGUUGACUUGGAAUACAGUUUGGCAAAAUCGUAUUCAAGCACUCCUGAGCUGCGACAAACAUGGCUUCAAAGCAUGGCAGAAUUACACGAGAAGAAUGGAGAUUAUUCAGAGGCUGCAAUGUGCUUUGUACACGCUGCUGCCUUAGUUGCAGAGUACCUGAAAAGAAAAGGCUCAUACGUGGAUGGGUGCUCUGCCUUCAGGGCAAUCUCCCCUAACCUCGUUCCUGAUGAAUGUGCGAUGAAAAACGACGAUGAAGGCAAUUCUGAUGAAGUCAGGUACAGCAAGGAAAAUUUGAUCAGCUUAUUGGAGAAUGGAAUCGAGCGUUUGAAAAGGGCCGAGCGCUAUGAAGUGAUGGGCAUUGUUUAUAAAAUCGCCAUCCCACUUUACGAGGAGGAGAGAGAUUUUACGCGCCUUGCUUUGGCUUACGACUCUCUAAAGUGUGCUUACGAGAAAAUCGUCGAAGUAAUGGCAUCUGGAAAGCGACUAUUAGGAAGAUUUUAUCGCGUGGCCUUUUUUGGAAGGGCAUUCAAGGAUGAUGACGGCAAAGAAUACAUUUACAAAGAGCCAAAACUUACUUCACUUCCGGAAAUAAGCGAGCGUUUGGAAACUAAAUAUCAAAAUAAAUACGGAAAUGUUAAAAUAUUACAAGACUCUUCGAAGGUGAAAGCAGAGGAGCUCAAUCCAGCAGUCAACUACAUUCAACUAACAUUUGUCAGACCGUAUUUUGACGAGGAUGAGCUUCAAAGGCGACCAACUGAUUUUGAGCGGGAAAACAAUAUUCGGCGGUUUGUUUUCGAAACCCCAUUCACGUUAUCAGGAAAAGCCCAUGGCGCGCUGUCUGAGCAACAUAAGCGCAAGACAAUUCUGACAACAUCUCACUGUUUUCCUUAUGUCAAGAAACGAAUUUUAGUUGUUCAGCAAGAAAUGUACGAGUUGUCUCCUUUAGAGGUAGCUAUUGAGGAAAUGCAGACUCGUUUGAAGGAGCUUGAUCACGUGAUCAACUUGAACCCACCCGACAUGAAGAAGCUACAGCUUAAGCUUCAAGGAAGUGUCAGCGUGCAGGUCAACGCUGGUCCUCUGGCCUACGCUACAACAUUUUUGUCAAGCUCAGUCGUGAAAGAGUACCCCGCGAAACAUAUUGAGACGCUCAAAUCAGUUUAUCGAGACUUUGUUACAUUUUGUGGACGAGCGCUGGAACUGAAUGCAGCACUAAUUAAACCGGAUCAAACAAUGUACCAAGACGACCUUAGAAGCAAAUACGAGAUGCUACAGGAGAAACUGGCCCUGUUUGUUGGCAUGACUGGCUCUAUGGAUUCGCUGAUGUCCGGUUUCAGACAAAGCUAUGCGGAUUCAGACGUAUAAGUAACCAGCAUUGUCAAGAGAAAGUGCCGGGGCAUUUCCAGUACCAUUAAACAACGGUGUCAAUGCAGAAAUAAAUCUAAUCAAUAAUUUAUUAGAUUGAUGUGAAUUUCCUUCGAUUUUAACAGCUAAAUUUUGUGUUUUAAGUAAACCAUAGAUUUCCACCAAAGUUGAACAGGCGAUGGCAAAGCUAAGCCCUUAAGUUUCCUAAAAUCGUGGAUGCUUGUUUCAUCAUGGCCAAAAGAAUGAAAGAAUACACCAAUUCGACUUACGACCUCAUUUUGAAAAAUUCUUUAAAAUUGUUUGUAAAAAAUGUCUGACCUUAGAUUCGGAUUUAGAGCAAUGAUUUUAGUGUACUUGGAAGUUUUCAUUUUAUGACGACAAGAAGAUAAAAAAUUUAUAAGAGAUUUGACCGUGAUUGGCGACUAGUGGGGGGUGGGGGUAAAGAAGUUUCACCAGGAAAGAUUUUUGCGGUCAAAUCCCUUACAAGUUUUCAAGCUUCAUUUCUCCUUAAAAUCUAAUAUACAAGCACAAACAAUAUAAAAAACUGUAUCCGGCCUAAAAUUAUGGUGAUGAAACCUAAUCUGAGCUUAAAAAAUUUAUGUAUUUAGAUUUGGAGAAAUUUCCAAAACGAUUCCGUAAGUUGAGUUGGUGUAUGCAGUUUGUUUUUAGCUACAUUGCUUUUCUCAAUGAUCAUUUAUUGGUAUUCUUGAGCUGUAAGAACAGAUGCAUCUAUUUCGCAUUUUCAGUAUCUCACUGACUAAUCUCUUAGAACAAGAGAGGGCUAAUAUUUUAGAAUCAAGUCCUUGUUUCCAGUGUACUUUGACCUUCCAGAUCGGGAUAAUGGGUCGAGGGUUAUUAAAAGUAAACGAUAUAAAUGAACUUUUUUACAUUCUUUAAGGUGAUUUUACUGUCAGGUCUUUAGCAGAUCGCUCAUGAAAAACUAGAGAGCCAUCACCCCCCUGUCAGGGACAAUCGUUACUUGCUUCUUCAAGCCCUUGCCAUUUGAGAUUAUAUUUUAGGAUAAUUAAUUAUUAAUAUGGGAAAACGUUUACUUUUUAAAAGGAGUAUUUCUUAUAGUAUUGUAAAGGGUAUAUUUCUUUAGCAUACAUAGGAUAUUAGAAAGAAAGAAGGGGCAUUUCGAGUGGAAACAUUUUUUAACAUUAAAGCAUAUGGACUCGUGAUUUAACAAGUUGAUGUAUUUCUUUUUUUUAUCUAACCAUUUUAUUGUUUGUAUAAAGAGAAAAGGCAUUUCUCUCCAAUCGUCUUAUUCGAUAUGUUUUAUUGGUAUUUAAAAAUAUCAAGCAGAGAAUAUAAUUAUUUCUAGCAAGUUUUUUGAGGAGCAUAAGACAUUUAUGUGACGUCACGUUAAAUUACCUAGAUCUUGAUUUC